UUAUUAUUAUAUUGUUUUCAGGAUGUUGAAAACCGUCGGAUUCAGACAAUGCAGUGCUCUAUUCAACCUAGUCAAGAUAAGAAGGAACCCAAUACACUCAGUCUUAGAAUACUUCUUAGAAUGGAGGAUAAUAUGAACCGACAGCUUUAUUGUACAAUUGUACGCGGAGUUGAUACUGCUCCAGGGAUGGCAGCUGAGCUUGUACAACAUGGAUUUAUUCAUUCACAUGAUUCUCAGGCUAUUGUCGAGAUGCUAGCCAAGGCAAUGGUGAGGUAUGAUAGCGAGGGAAAUGAAUACGAAAUUAUGAAACAGGAUGAGUUCCAAUCCAUUGUGUGUGCAUAGAAGCACUGGACAUUACAGAUAUUUAUUACUAUUUAGUAUUUUUGAAAAAAAGG